AAACUAAAAAAACAAAGUAAAAUUAGAUAUCUGCAGAAAAUGAAAAGCAAGAAAUCUGCACAUGCUUAUGGAACAUGUUCCCUUCUGAUAUCAACCAUUUUCUUGCUUUUCUUCUCACGACAAGCAAGUUCAUACCAAAUGCUCAUAUGUUUAGAUCUAAACAUAUCAUGUUCAGAGUGCAAAGCACAAUGCAACGAGACAAGUUAUGGAGGAAUAUGUGUAAAAAAAUAUUCCAAUACCGAUCGUAUAAUCUGUUGUUGCAAAAAAAGUCCUCCGCCAUCAUAUUAUGAUCACAUAAAAGCUCCGUCUUCAUAA